GCAGCUUCCUUUUCACCUGGUCGUGUCGUGUGGGCAAGCGCUGCUCAGUCCUUUGUCUCGGAGCACACCAAGGUGCAACGGAUCCCUCCGGCCCCUUCGGCCCGUGCUGCCGCGGAAGGACGCUGCCGCCGGGCCCCAUCCACGGCGCAUCGAAGCGGGUGGGUUGCCCCUGCGCUUCGCAAGCAGUGGUCACUGGCUGCACACCUCCUCCCUCACCUUCAUGGUCCUCAAUGGUCUGGGGCCCUCUGAUCUCUCCCUCGCUUAGCAUCGCGUGCGAGCCAGAACUCCGCUCGGUACCUAGGCAUGUGCGGGCGUCUGAAAGUUCCCUCGCGGCUGAGCACUUCUGAGCAGUCCGACCCCGAAGUUGCUCUUGACGAGGCGAGCUUCCAGUGUCGUUUUCGCCGCCGGAACUGCUAUGCGAGUCAUGUCCUGAGCUUUCAGCAGAGGCAGCCAUUCUACAGUGGUCGGACUGGCUGCCGUGUCCGUAGCACGAUUGCAGAUUCAGCUGUAACAGCUCGCGAGGAUGCUAAAAGGCGCGCAGGAGCAUCUGUGCCGAUGGGCUCUGCGAGUAGAGGCACAGUGUAUCGAGGACAAUGUAGCAGAGACGGAAAAGGUCGAUGUAGAGAGGAGAACAGCAGAUGGCCAAAGGACGCAAUGCUCAUCUCCUUUUCACUUGAGCAAGAAAAAGGCUGCUUGCCAUCUGCGCCCAAACAGCGCCGAGACUGGCUACUGCUCACCCGACAUUUUCUUCCGGUCCGAUGCGUUAUGAGGGCGUGGAGAAGUAGCGAGCUCCUGCCUUCCGCCGGUCGUAAGCGCUCCGCGGGACCUCCUUGCCGCUCACUGGUCUCCGGUCUUUCCGGGACACCAUACCGCCUGGGCCUACAGCACCGACCGCUCAGCCCUGAUUGCUGACGGCUCAGAAGAUCGUCUGAACAUCGAAGACACCGAGCCGAGGUAGGCGCCAAGUCCUUCAAAGAUGCCUGCAUAUGUGCACGCAUGCGCGACAGGACGGAUCGGACAUAAAGUCAAAGCCUUGGGCUGCAUAGCCAGAUGGGCAGCAGCUUUGAUCGGUCGUGAGAGCGGUAUAGCGGUGCAAAGGAUGUCGAAGCAAGAGGAGUCAACUAGAAUACUCGAUGCAGCGUCGUUGCGAAGUUCUAUUGCUUUGACUGAUCAUACAAGGAAACGAAAUUUGCGACACUGU